AGCGCCUGCUACAGUCCCGCGCCGACCGUAGACCGCUACGCGCGUAGCCCGUAGCACUUCUUCAAACUUACAACAGUUACAAAAGUAUACUUGCAAGUGACUGAGUUGAUAAGUGGAAGUGAUAAGUGGUUUAUACAGAUCGGAACGGAGCGGCGAUGUCGCUGGUGCCGCCCGGCGGCGCGGACUCGCCGAGCCCGCGCCGCGCCGUCAGCCCUCUGCUGGAGUCGCGACGGCCGCACUGCACGCUCGCCUGCGACUACUGCGCGGCCGUGCUGGAGGACAAGUUCAAACGUAGUGCAGAGAUGCGUAAUCGAGGCACGUCACCGCUGUCCGUAUCCCCGCGCCAGUCUCUUACGGGGGAACCGCCCUGGACAGUUCCGGAAGAUGAUAGGCCAGACUUCUUAGCGCUCAAGGAAAAUAUACACAGAAUAAACAAGGACUGCGAGACAUCCACGCGGCUGGACAUGUUGUUGACGCAAGUUGAGCAAUACGCCAACAACCUCGAGGCCCUGGUGGAGGAACGCACGUCGGACUAUCUUGAAGAGAAGAGAAAGUGUGAGGAGCUGCUUUACCAACUCUUACCAAAGUCAGUCGCCUCGCAGCUUAUUAUGGGUCAGCCGGUCAUGGCCGAGACAUAUGACCAGGUGACAAUAUACUUCAGCGAUAUCAUCGGCUUCACGAAACUGUCCGCGGAAUCCACGCCCCUGGAGGUCGUUGACCUUCUCAACGACUUAUACACCAUGUUCGACUCCAUUAUUGAAAAUUUUGACGUCUAUAAGGUGGAGACUAUUGGUGACGCAUACAUGGUGGUGUCAGGUCUGCCCAUGCGCAACGGUAACCGGCACGCGGCUGAGAUCGCGCGCAUGUCGCUUGCGCUGCUGAAUGGAGUGGCGUGCAAGACUGUGCCCCACCGGCCUGGAGAGCGGCUACUCUUAAGGAUUGGAAUGCAUACAGGACCAUGUGUGGCUGGUGUGGUGGGACUGAAGAUGCCGCGCUACUGCCUCUUCGGAGACACCGUGAACACCGCAUCGAGGAUGGAGUCUCACGGCGAGGCGCUUAAGAUACACGUCAGCCCCAAGACCAAAGAGGUCCUAGACUUGUACGAUUGCUUCGACUUGGAGUGCAGAGGAGAAAUCACAAUGAAGGGUAAAGGAAAAAUGACAACGUACUGGUUGCUUGGCGAGAAGAAAUCCGAAAAUCCUCAAAUACAUAGCUAUGAUGAUUUAAAUGGGAGUGAAAACACUGCAAACAACCCUAGCAUAACAUUUCAAGGACCUGACAGCCCUGCAGCUCACUCGGUCAAACAUCGUCAGCGGAGUCCGGAAUGUAAAAGUAAUGAUCAAAAAACUCAAGAUUCUCAUAAACAAACACCUCUCGAAUUACUAAAUGAACGAGACCGUAUUAAGCAUGAAAUUGCAACAUUUGUAGCAAAAGAUCUGAUAAACAAUAUUGAUAUAGCCGUGAAAGAGUUCAGAAAAUCUCAAAGCGCAAAUUUUGCAGCAAUGAUGGCUGUCCAAAGUAAAACAGUUUGCAAUGGAAACGACAGAGGCCUAAUCACACCCACUUAUGACAAGGAACUUGUAAUUAGCAAAGGUAAGGUGCGAGAUGUCGUCAACAGAUUAAACAAGAGUGUUGGCAACGAUACUAAGAUCGGUAAACCGAAAUCGAUUAAAGCUGAAGACUGAAUUGCAUGAAAUAAAGCAACGCCUAAUUCCCUUGCCCGGUCCAAAUCCUUUUUUCUUUAUGAAGAAACUUUAAAACUUAUAUUAAGAGUUUAGACAAUGUUUCUAUUUAAGCGUUACCAGAGUAUUUUGUGCCAAGCACAUUCCAUAGUCUAGUCAUUAUUUAAUAAGUAACAGCCUCCAGAUAAGUAAAAUACAUUAAUUAGAAGGUUGCUCUUUUGUUAUCUUUCAUAAAAUAUAUUUAUUUAAAAUAAACACAUUAAAAGACCACAAUUACAUUUUAAACGGCAUGCGGCCAGAAUCAUUCCGAAUUUUAGAAAUUGAAUAAAAUAAUUAAAUGUUAGUAGUAUUAGAAAACACACGGUAUUUAACUAUUACUUGUAAUGAAAAUUAGAUUAAGGAAUCAAUCGCAAAGACGAUUUAUCAGAAAGAUGUAGUGAGAAAAAAUAUGUGUGAAUAAGAAAACAUUAGAACUGUAUUAUACACUUAGACCCUAUAGUGUUUUUACUGACCUUUUAUACCUCUGUAUCUUCUUUAACCCCGACUACUGUCUAGAAGAGCUAGUGGUUGGAGAAAUUAAAUAUUUUCUAUUUCACUGAAAAUUCCGAAUAGAGACUUCUGUAUAGAGAUAACACUUAAUACACAAUUUGAGGAUAGAGACCAAUUUUAUCAUUCAAUGCCACAAUUGUUAUAUUGAUAGAAGUAGGGUAGAAAUUUAAAAAACAAAUUAAAAUAAAUAAGUAUCUUAUUUUCUACUUUUUACUAUACAUUGCAACUUAUUUAUUAAAAUAUUCAUAGAAAUGUCUUAGGGAUGGCCAGAUUCCUAAAAGCCGUGGAAUUUUAGAUAAGAAUAAAAAAGGAAUGGUAAAUAUUUGUAGGCUCCAGUAAUUAAAACUAUAGUAGGUAUUUAUUUAUCUCAUUUCUCCAACUUCUAGCGUGUAAUGAAAUUAAUGUAUUAAAGUUAAGUGUUACUAAGUGUUGAUAUUAUAAAUUCAGGCCUCUAGGUACCUACAUGUUUCAAAAUAAUUUGGACAUGAAUAAUCAUAACAAGGCCCUUCGAAUGAUUGUUUACGCUUAUAACCACAGGUUUUUAAAACUCUGUUGUGAUUUUAUUUAUUAUCUUGUCGUAUCUAACUAGAUCUGAUGUAAUUUGUAAUGGUUUGAUUGUGAUAUUAUUGUUAUGGAAGUACAACUUGUUUACUUGAGCUGUGAAAAGAGAUUAAUUUAUUUUAAUGUGAUUGUUUCUAGUCCUCAAUACUUGUAAAGUAAUGGUUUGUUAUGUCGAGGUUUUAUUAUAUGAAUAAAAAGUCGGUAAUUAUUUAA